UAUCAUUCAUUCUUCCCAUCCCCAAUUUUCCAUACACAAAACCCUAUUUACUUGAAUUUUCAUUCUAAUUAUCCAACAUGGAAGACAGCUUCAAUGCCCGAGUCGGCAAAGUUUUCGGCUCCCUCGAUGCUUCUUUUAAUUCCAGAUCGCUGCCUUUGAGCUCUCUUUGGACCCUCGCCGACGACGAAAUCGAGAAACGAGAGUGGAACCGAGACAAAAAGACUCUCCAGCAGGACGAGGACUUCUUCCACAACUUUCCACCGAAGGACAAGAACAAUGCCAUUAAUUUUGGUGCGGAGCUGGAGAAGGAUCUCGAUGACCUAGACGACGAGGAAGAAGAAGCUCGUGCCUCCUCUAGUAAAUAGGCUAAGCCAGAGGAUUACAAUGAUGAAGAGUGGGAGAUUAAGUCUUCCAUUGGAAGGGACUGUACACUUGAUUAUGAGGAAGAGGAAGAUGCGUAUGAUAAAGUUUCUGUUGGCAGGGUUAAGAACGGAGAACGUCUUUACAUGAAGGAUGUAAAUGAUUAUGACAUAGAUGUGGAUUCUGGCAAUGUACUUCCAACUGUGUUCAAGGAUUUCAGUAGAGAUCCACGUACCAAUCCCAUCGCUGCAAAACUUAGGCUUAAGGAAGAUGAAGAAGAUGCUGAAACCGCUAAAAAAAAUUGAUUCAUUGCAUGUGUCUGACUGUGUAGCAACUGUCGGCGUGCAGGCUGACAUUAGCGGAUUUGAGGAUGGUAACCUGAAACCAAUUCUGAAGAGAAAGGGUGCCAAGUCAAAUUCAAAAUAAAAAAUGUGUCCGUUUUGAUUCUGAAUGUUGUAAAAGUGAUUGCAGUGAAGGCCCUGAAAGAACCAACUAUGUUCUGGGGGAAGCUUUCUUGACAGAGGAAGAUGAUAUGGUCUCCAAUGAGGUAUCUACUUUAUCUCAGGAUUACCCGUCUGGAAUUCCAGCUUAUAUGCAGAACCCUUCGAAGUAUACUCGAUAUACUUUAUAUACUGGUGAUGUUGAUGAUGAAUCAAAUCGGCCAGCCUAUAUGGAUUUCCUUAAACUGGUCAGGAGGUCAGAUAGUACAGAACCACAUGCCGAUGAUGCUCUAGGUGAUCUCACAAAACCAGUAACCUUUAUACCAGGGAGGAAAAUCGGCGAUGUAGUCAUGGGAGAAAAUUGCGGUAAGCCAAAACAAACCCAGGAAGGUACUGACAAGGAGCCCAUGCAUAAGGGAGGCUUGCCAAUUGGAAUUGCAGCUGGGGAUACUGAUGGAGUUUGCGCAAUGGAUGAAGAUGAACCCCAAACAAUCAUUGAGAACAGAAACAGCUCCCAGCGAGAAGGUCGUCAAUAUCGAAUGAAAUCUUGCUCGGAGUAGCAUGAUUAGCUUUUGAUCAUCUAAUGCUAUUCUGACGUGUAAUUGUUUUAGUAUGUCGUCAGGGCAAGCAUGUUU